AUGGUCUCUCUCAAAUCUACGAUGAUUCGUGUACUUGCUGCUGUUCAUAUUCUCGCUCACCUUGUGGGUGAUGUGUACUCAGCGGACACAGACCAUGAGCUCGCAGCUAGGGCAACUCCAACCGCCCCCCACUUCGUCUUGUACAGUGACCAAUGGGUCUCGGGUGAGAAUGGCCCCCCUGAUGCAUCUGUAAUUUCGGGGUUCAACGUCUUUAUACUCUCCUUCCUGCUUAUUUCGGGUCCCGCAGACCAAGCAUUGGAGUGGCAGCUCAUAUCCGCUUCUGAUCGGGCAGCCAUCAAAUCGCAGUAUGCCGCUGCAGGGAUCAAACUGCUCGUUUCGGCAUUCGGUUCUACCGAUGCCCCUACCUCGACCGGUGCUGAUCCUGUGGCGACAGCGAAUACUAUGGCAGCUUGGGUUAUUGAGUAUGGCCUCGAUGGCAUUGACGUCGAUUAUGAAGAUUUCAACGCAUUCGAUGGCUCAGAUGCAACUGCAGAGCCUUGGUUAGAAUCCUUCACGAAGCAACUUCGUCUGAAGCUCCCUCAAGGGCAAUAUAUCCUCACUCAUGCCCCUGUGGCGCCUUGGUUCCAGCCUAACGUUUGGAGUGGUGGAGGCUACCUUGCCAUCGACCAGAGCGUCGGAAGCCUUAUUGACUGGUACAAUGUUCAAUUCUACAAUCAGGGUUCGAGUCAAUACACCACCUGCAACAAUCUUCUUACCACUUCUGGCGGAACAUACCCAGACUCCUCUGUCUUUGAAAUCGCUGGCAACGGCGUGACAUUGAACAAGAUUGUCAUUGGGAAGCCCGCGACCUCCGGAGACGCGGAUUCAGGAUACAUGGCGCCUUCCACUCUUGCCGGGUGUGUGAACACGGCCAAGAACCAAGGAUGGGAUGCCGGUGUCAUGACUUGGGAGUAUCCUAAUGCUGCGGCGGCAUGGAUCAAGACAGUCCGUGCUCAAGCCUGGGCCGAGUAG